AUGGACUCAUUAUCACUCUUGCGCGAAUCACUACCCAAUGCAAAGCUCGAGAAUGCAGAGCGAGAAAUGUCAAUGGACUUUAAAGCCGCAGCCCAGUCACUCGCAACUCUCUUCAAGUCGUCUAAACAAACUGUGAAGCACGCACACGACGCGGGGUACGCAGCAUGUCUGCAGGAUAUGCUCCAGUUUAUCCAAUCGGGAGUGUCAGAGGACCGAGAUGGGAUGGGCGUGGCGAGAGUGAUGGAUUGGGUUGAAGGACAGCUGGAUCGGUAUCGGGAAGGAAGGGAGUUUGAGAGCGCAGACGAGGCUAUUGCUGCAUUGCCACCACGGCCAUCGGUAGCGACCAGAGACGAGAGUCGAUCCCCGCGACGGGCGUCUACUUCAUCUUUGCCCUCCGAAUCCCCAUUUGACGCCACAUUUGGAACGAACAUAGUCACUGCAUCGAAGAGACGACACGGUGCUAUCAAUUCGACAGAGACUAGGCGUCGAACGAGGGUUGGACCGGCUCCUGGCGAGAGGGAUAUCAGAACUCCCAGGAAGGUCAAGAAGGCUGUGCCAGGAGAAAGAGCAGAACGAGACAAGACGACGGAUACAAUGGAUUUUGAAGAGGAAGGAGGAAGAGACCGCAAGCGCUCAAGGAUAACCACUGCUACUCCCCCUUCGUAG